UCAGCGGUAACUUUUGGGAAGCUGAACGUGCUUCCGAGGAGAGGACCUGUUGUUAUUUCUGCCCCUCCCUCAGGAACUUUUGGGGGGCUAUGCCCACAUUUUAAAAAUAUAUAUAUUUCUCUGUCACUGGUGGCUGGGGUCUUCUGACCUCAGGGCCUGUCUUGGACCAUUUGGUCACCUCCGGUCUUGGUCCACGAAAGGAGAAAGGAUAAGAGAGAUCUUGGCUGGCUCCCAGCCUUCCUUCCGGGCGAGCAUGUCCGUGUCCGCCGACAAGCUGGCCGAGGAGCUGCAGAUCUUCGGCCUAGAAUACGAGGAGUCUCUGUUGGAGAAAUUGGUAGAGCUUUGUGUUCGGUAUGGACAGAAUGAGGAGGGAAUGGUAAGCGAACUCAUAGCCUUCUGCACCAGCAUCAGUAAAAUUGACCUUACCUCAGAGAUCCUGAACUCUUUUGAGCAUGAGUUUCUGAGCAAAAGAUUGUCCAAGGCUCGGCACAGUGCCUCCAAGGACAGUGGACACGCAGGAGCUAGAGACAUUAUUUCUAUACAAGAAUUAAUUGAAGUGGAGGAAGAAGAAGAAACCCUCUUGAACUCUUAUACCACACCCUCUAAGGGCUCUCAGAAGCGAGCUAUCGCUACACCAGAAACUCCCUUAACAAAAAGGAGUGUGUCUACUCGUAGCCCUCACCAACUCCUCUCACCAUCAAGUUUCUCUCCAAGUGCUACUCCCUCUCAGAAAUACAACUCAAGAAAUAACCGAGGAGAAGUGGUUACCUCCUUUGGCUCAGCACAGGGAGUGUCCUGGUCUGGGAGAGGAGGAACUGGAAACAUCAGCCUGAAAGUCUUGGGGUGUCAAGAGCCACUAACUGGGAGUUACAAAACCAUGUUUCAGAAGCUUGCAGACAUUCGAGAAGUUCUGACCUGUAAGAUAGAAGAACUUGGCAGUGAACUCAAGGAACAUUAUGAGAUCGAGGCUUUCACUCCUCUUUCAGAACUAGCACAAGAGCCUGUAGCUCUGCUGGGCCAGAUCGGCUGUGAUAGCAACGGAAAGCUGAACAAUAAGUCAAUGAUUCUUGAAGGAGACCGGGAACAUUCCUCAGGUGUUCAAAUUCCAGUGGAUUUAUCAGAACUCAAAGAAUAUUCUCUGUUUCCUGGACAGGUUGUAAUUAUGGAAGGAAUCAACACCACUGGUAGAAAAUUGAUUGCCACUAAACUCUAUGAGGGUGUGCCACUUCCAUUUUAUCAGCCCACAGAAGAAGAUGGAGACUUUGAGCAAAGCAUGGUCCUGGCUGCCUGUGGGCCGUAUACUACAUGUGAUAGCAUCACGUAUGACCCCUUGCUUGACCUGAUUGCCAUCAUCAACCACGACCGGCCAGAUGUUUGCAUCCUGUUUGGUCCUUUCCUGGAUGCUAAACAUGAACAAGUGGAGAACUGUCUACUGACAAGUUCGUUUGAAGAUGUUUUCAAGCAAUGUCUACGAACAAUUAUUGAAGGGACAAGGAGCUCUGGCUCCCACCUUGUCUUUGUCCCAUCAUUGAGAGAUGUGCACCAUGAGCCCGUGUACCCACAGCCGCCUUUCAGCUACUCAGAUCUGUCUCGAGAGGACAAAAAGCGAGUACAGUUCGUGUCUGAGCCCUGUACACUCUCCAUAAAUGGAGUUAUUUUUGGCUUGACAUCCACGGAUCUACUCUUCCACAUGGGGGCCGAGGAAAUUAGUAGUUCUUCUGGAACUUCAGACAGAUUCAGCCGAAUACUCAAGCACAUCCUGACCCAGAGGAGCUACUACCCACUCUACCCACCUCAGGAAGACAUGGCCAUUGACUAUGAGAAUUUCUAUGUCUAUGCACAGCUGCCUGUCACCCCAGAUGUCUUCAUAAUCCCAUCAGAGCUGAAGUACUUUGUGAAGGACAUCCUUGGCUGUGUCUGUGUGAAUCCUGGGCGCCUCACGAAAGGGCAGGUGGGUGGCACCUUCAGCCGACUCUACCUCAGGAGCCCUACCGUGGACGAGGCAGGGAGGCGCAGUCCGUGUGUUGCCGCCCAGGUGGUCAGGAUCUGAGGCUUCUGUCCUCUGCCAUCCCCCACUAGGCAGGCAGCUGAGAGCAGAGACAGAGAACUUCUGAUAAGAUCAAACUGUUAGGUGGUAGAGAAAGCCAGCUGGUGAGGAACAGGCUGUGGGGACAGGACUUCGCUGUGAACACGUGUAUGGUGGAGCCCUGAGAGUUGAGCUUCUGAAAACAUAGCUCGUGUCUGGAAGUGAGUCGGCUGUGGAUACUGCAUACUCAGACAAGAGGCUUUGUGAUUUUCUACAUGAAUCAAACCCAGAAACAACUUUUGGAGAAAUAAAAAUAAAUUCAGAGUGUAACUUGAACCUAA